AUGGCACACCCGCAGAUCGUCUGCGACGGGGCGGACGCGGUGGGCAGCGAGCCCCGGAGAGCCGCCAGGGGCCGGCCCGGGCAGCGGGACAAGGGGCCCGCAGAGCGGUGCCGGCGGCGCGGCCCCGGCGGGCUGUGCUCACCUGCUGCCCGCGGCGGCGGUGCCGGCGCUGGGGCCGCUCCUCCUCCCCCGCCCGGCCCGGCAGCGCCGCCAGCCCCGACCAACCGCCCGCCGACCGCGCCGCGCCCGCCAGGCAUCGCCAAUCGAAGCUCCGCGCAGUCCACCCGCCGGCAGCGCCCGGCCCCGCCCCGCGGCCCUUCCCGGCUGCUCCGCCCGGGCGCGGCACACCCGGGCUGCUGCCUCGGGAGCCGCUGGCAGUGCGGCCAGCCGGUGUGUCUCCCGGGAAGUCGGAGUACGCCGUAUUUCAUUAAUAUUGCCUUCUCUUCUAUUCCCGCCGCGAGGUUCCUCCCUGGCCACACUCCCCGCCUCGCCCCAGCCCCAGAGAGCUGCCCGCUGCUGCCCCCGGGGCCGUGGUGUCGACACCGCCGCCCCAGCGCCAGCUGUGCCUGCUGUGGCUACCGCAUCCCCCGCUGUCCCUGGGCCACGCCCGAGCCCCCCGGCGCCAGCGGGCUCCCGAUGCCGGCGGGCACUCACUGCGCUGGGGUGGCAGAGCGCGGAACGGGCCCGGCCCGGAACGGCAGCCGCACGGCCAGAGCUGCCGCGGGCCCCUCGCACGGGGGCACCGGCGCGCGAGAGCGCCAGCCUCGCGGCCCCUAG